CACAGAAGCGCACGCGACUCACACCACCGACACCGGGACAGAGAAAAAAGUGCUACUUGGUGGACCGAAACGUGCAACGAUCCAGUGCACGAUUUUCCCUUGGCCAUUUUAUGUAGCGUGUCAACGAGAAAUCCACGGAAAGUCGGUGUCGUUACUCUGUGAAGAAACAUUCAUCGCGGCGUUGUUGUUUCAAGUUCUGAAAGAAGCCGUCCACCACGUGCCUUACCGUGUUUCACCUAUCAGAGAAAAAGAAUAGUCGUUUGAUGAGAAUUAGAGAAACUACUACACGUUCAUGGAUGUCGAGGGACUGAUUCAUUCGAGAAUUCUUCCGUAAACAACAGUUGUACCGCGAGUUCUUUGUACAAAGACUGAAAGAACGAUUGCGAUUUAUUUUUCUGCAACGUGUAUUAGAAGUGAAUUUUUCUCGGGUGGUACGAGAUCCAUUGUGAGUUUCGUUCUGGAUCGUUACUUGGUUUGGGCGAGACGCUUUAACGGGCAGAAUUCCAGGCAAUUAUGAAGGACUUCAUGAUGAUAUGGAACCGAUUUACCUGUCGACGAUACUCGGGCGUCAGCGUGAAUCGGAAUCAAAGCGACUCGAGCGAGACGGAUGAGAUGUCGAUAAGCCGACAGACGAACAACCUGAGGAGAAAGUCUUCGAUCGUCGUGAAUCGAUUGUUUAAUGCCACUCUACCGGUACACCAGAAUGACAGGCCCAAGUGGCAGAGAAGUAUUGUUAUGCUGAUGACUUUGGGCUCGCUCAGCCUCAUCACUGGCUCCAUCCUUUUCGUGUUCCAACCGUACGAUCUACUUUUCAAACUAAAGGUGGUAUUCAGCCCCGGCGGCGAGAUCUUCGAGUUGUGGCGGAAACCGGACGUCGAGCUUUAUCUGAAGGUCUACCUCUUCAACGUGACCAAUCACGAAGAAUACCUUUCCGGCAAGGAGAGCAAGUUGAGGUUUCAAGAAGUGGGCCCGUACGUUUACAGGGAAUCGUUGGAACACGGCUCUAUUGAAUUCAACGACAAUGGUACUGUCUCGGCACUUCCACAUCAUCCAUUGACAUACGUGCCGCAAAGGAGCAACGGAGCGGAAGAAGAUGAAUUGAUACUACCGAAUAUUGCUUUAUUGAGUAUCAGCAACGUGAUGAAAGAUGCUUCCUACUUCUCCAGAUUAGGAUUGAACUUACUGGUACAUAACACAAAUUCACAGCCACUGGUCAAAAUGACCGCUAGAGAAUUUAUGUUUGGUUACGAAUCGACACUUGUUACGCUCGGUAACAAGGUAAUGCCAUCUUGGAUCAAGUUCGAUAAACUGGGUCUUAUCGAUAGAAUGUACGAUUUCGAGGGCGAUUAUGAAACCGUUUACACAGGAGAAACCGACUUUCGUCUGACAGGCUUAAUUGAAAAGUACAACGGCGACGUAAAUCUGCCGCAAUGGACAGGGACGUGUGCGAAUGUGAACAAGGCUAGCGAUGGUGUAAAGUUCCCAAGUUACAUUCAGCCGAAUGAUACUGUCUUAUUCUUUAGGAAAAGUCUCUGUCGCAGUGCAUACAUGAAACAAGUUGACGAAACGUAUAUAAACGGCUUACAUUCGUACAAGUAUAAAUUUGUCGAGAACGUGUUGGACAAUGGCGCGUAUAAUCCGGAGAACAAGUGUUUCUGUCGCAAAGGAUACUGUUUGAAACCUGGCUUAAUCGAUGUCACCGAUUGCUACUAUGGCUUCCCAAUUGCUCUCUCGUAUCCACACUUUUUCAAGAGCGACCCAAGCAUCUUGGAGGCUAUCGAGGGUUUGUAUCCAGAUCCUGAUCUUCACGAAUCUUUCGCCUAUGUUCAGCCCAAGUCAGGUCUUCCGAUACAGCUUGCUUUCCGUUUCCAAAUCAACAUGGCUUUACAGGAUAUUAAACACAUGGCUAGAGUAGAGAAAUUCGACAACUUCAUUUUACCGCUACUAUGGUUCGAAAUCGGAAUGUACGAAUUACCGCUGUCGAUAUACAUUCGUUUCUGGUUUUAUUUAAACAUCUUACCUGUUCUCCAAGACAUUCUGACUUACUCCUCGCUGUGUGCUAGCGUUAUACUUAUUGCGCUUGGUAUUCACAAAAUCUUUUUGUACCAGCCAAAUGGACCAACGUCGCUCCGACAAUGGUUGUGUUCUGAAAUAAAAAAUCCAAAGAUGCAAUGUUUGAGCAAUAGACGAAUGUCGUGUAAAGCCAAAGAAAUGGAUACCUACUAUAGUACGUUACUGCCAUCGAAGGAUGUGAAUACUGCACCCGAUGUAACGACGGAAUUGUCGUCUUUAAAAGAAGAUAUCGUGUGAUUGAUACUGUACGAACAGAACUCUAAAAAGAGGCUAUUUCUCGUAUAAUGUAUGAGAACUAAUAAGACGCAUCGGACCAUUUUGGAUUUCGAGAUACUACAAUCGAUUAGUGAGAAAAAUCGAAAUCCUUGCCGAUAAGUAGGAAAGUACACUUAUUUUCUGAUGGAAGCUUGUCUACAUUAAGGUUUUCAAACGACACAGUAGUAC